GGGCCCGAUGACCCCGCGCCCUCCACGGCCCUCCAGAAGGAGGCUCCCUCCAUACGCCCCAUCGGUGCGUCCUCCGUCCAUCGCAUCUGCUCGGGGCAGGUGGUGCUGGACCUGGCGGGCGCGGUGAAGGAGCUCGUCGAGAACGCGCUCGACGCGGGCGCCACGAACAUCGAGGUCCGGCUGCGCGAUCACGGACAGGACUCCGUCGAGGUGGUGGACAACGGAUGCGGGGUCAAGUCGGACGACCUGGCGAUGAUGACCAAGAAGUACGCCACGUCCAAGAUCCGACGCUUUGAAGACCUGGACGCGUUGGCGUCGUUCGGGUUCAGGGGCGAGGCGCUCUCGUCGCUCUGCGCGCUCAGCGACCUCUCGGUCACCACGCGCACCGCCGACUCCGACGCGGGUACCAGGGUGGAGUACGACGCCGAGGGAAACGUGCGCACCCGCGGCGUCGUCGCGCGCGCGGUGGGCACCACGGUGACUGUACAAAACGUCUUCGCCAGACUGCCCGUCCGACGCAAAGAGCUCGCGCGGAACGUCAAGCGGGAGUACGGGAAGCUCCUUAACAUCCUACAGGCGUACGCGCUGAUCAACCCGGAGACGAGGAUCGUGUGCUCGCACCAGGGCAAGGGCAAAAACGCGCCUCGACAGACGGUGCUCAACACGCAGGGCGGCGGGUCGCUUCGCGCAGCCGUCGCCACGGUGUUUGGCCACAAGACAAUCGACGGGAUGGUGUCCAAAGCCGCGCCCGGGUGCGGCAGAGGCGCCGGCGACAGGCAGUUUUUCUUCGUCAACGGUCGGCCGGUGGACCUCCCAAAAGCCGCCCGGGUGUGUAACGAGACGUACCGGCAGUACAAUCAGACGACGUCGGGGACGCCGUUCCCGUGCGUCGUGCUCGACUUUCGGCUCCCCACGGACGCGUACGACGUCAACGUCACGCCGGAUAAGCGCAAGGUUCUGUUGCACGGCGAGUCGAAAGUGUUGGCGGGUUUGAGAGGCGCGCUGGAAAAGAUUUGGUCCCCGACCGCGUACACGUACGCGGUGGCGGCGGCGGGAGCCGCGGACGGAUCGGAGACGACGCGUGUACGAGUGCACGACGCGAUUGGAGCCGCCCGGGAUGUUAUCGCGGGCGGACCGAGCGCGGCGACCCCGGCGCUUCCACCGGCGAGCGCGGUGGGGGUGAAGCGGGAGAGGGAGGAGGACGACGACGCGACAGUCGUCGCGCCGUCGGUUGACGUCAAGCGGGAGCCCGCGGAGGACCGAGUGCCGCGGGGUACGUCCGCGGCUGCGAGCGCGUGGGAGUCCUUCGGGAUGAACGCGCCGCGCCACAACACGGCGAACGACGCGACGACGACGGCGAACGAUCGUGUGGGGACGGGAAAGGUGGGGCGGACGCGCCGGACGUUUCCGUGCACGGUUCGUCAAAGUACGCGGCCGCGUCGUUCGGCGUCGAGCCGGGGCCCGCGCGCGAGAUUGUCGCGGACGAGGACGACGAGUCACCGGGCGGCGACUCACCGGGAGGCGCGCGUGAAGCGUCGACGGGAAGGGACGCGCGGCGCGUCGGUGAACGAUCGAGCGACGGCGGAGGGUGGCCUGGGCCCCGCGCUGAACGAGGGGGGCGACGAGGUUGCCACCGGCGAGCUCGAGCGGGUGUUUCGCCGCGAGGACUUUCGCGACAUGAGAGUCGUCGGUCAGUUCAACCUCGGUUUCAUCCUCUGCACCCUGGGCGACGACCUCUUCAUCGUCGAUCAGCACGCGUCCGACGAGAUCUACAACUUCGAACGGCUCCAGCGCACCACGACGUUGAACCGGCAGCCGCUCUUGGUCCCCAAAAAGCUGGAGCUGACCGCCGCGGAGACGCAGACGGUGCACAGAAACAUGCCCACGUUUCUCGCCAACGGCUUUGGAUUUUGCGAAGUCGACCAGCCGCCGCCGACGGUUCGCAGCCUCGCGCUCAACUCCGUGCCCUUCAGCAAGGGCAUCACCUUCGGCGCCGACGACGUGCACGAGCUGAUCGGCAUGCUGGAUCAGGGCGAGUACGCGUUGCCCGCCAGGUCGCAGCUCACGGUGGGACUCUCGCGGCAAUCGACCGGCACCCCCGGGUCCGGCUUGUCGGUGUCCGAGAUUGUCCGGCCGUCCAGGGUCCGCGCCAUGCUCGCCAUGCGCGCGUGCCGCUCGAGCAUCAUGAUCGGGAAGGCGCUCGACGCGAAGACGAUGCGAAGGGUGCUGGAUAACCUGAGCGACCUGCAGGCGCCGUGGAACUGUCCCCACGGGAGGCCGACCAUGCGACACCUCGCGGAUCUGCGGAAGCUG